CUGACACCACCUUUAACCCGGAAUCGCGACGCAUCUGCGGUGCCAAUGGAAAUUAAUUUUGCAAGAGCAGCUUCGGCUCGACGGCUGCUGAGGUGGCAGCCGCCAUUGAACCGGCCAAGGAGUUGGGUAUGCAGCGCGUGCCGAGUAAACCGCUUGGGAGUCGCGUCCCAGCGCUUCGCGUCGCAGUCGUCAUUGCCCUCUGAGAAGCCCUUCUAUGUCACCACACCCAUAUUCUACGUCAACGCCGCACCGCACAUUGGCCACAUGUACUCGAUGGUACUGGCCGAUGUGUUCAAGCGAUGGCAGACGCUGAUGGGAAAGCGGGCACUUCUCAGCACCGGCACUGACGAGCAUGGAAUCAAGGUGCAGCAGGCUGCCGCACUCGACGACAAGCCACCGAAGGAGUUUUGUGACCAGUUCGCCGAGAGGUUCGAGGAGCUGGCCCAGCUGUCGCGCAUCGACUACGAUCGCUUCAUUCGCACCACCGAUGAAGACCACAUUCAGGCCGUCGAGCACUUCUGGUUUCUGCUUCAAGAGAAGGGCCUCAUAUACGAGACCAAACAUGAGGGCUGGUACAGCGUCAGUGACGAAUGCUUCUACCCUGAAUCCCAAAUCGUCAAAUCUCAAGAGCCCUUCACGGGCGCCGUAUACAUGGCGUCUGCCGAGACGGGAAACAAGGUGGAAUGGGUUGAAGAAAAGAACUACCGGUUCCGCAUGACGGCGCUUAAAGACAGGCUCCUGGAUUUCUACGAGAAGAACCCCGGGUGGGUGGAGCCCGCCUCCCGCAUGAACGAGGUGGUCAACUGGGUCAAGAACCACUUGGAUGACCUCUCCAUCUCGCGACCCGUCCAGCGACUGAGCUGGGGAAUUCAAGUCCCAGGCGACGCGUCUCAAACCAUCUACGUCUGGGUGGACGCCCUGGUCAACUACCUUACGAGUGCCGGUUUCCCUACGUGGACACCAGGGCAAACCGAGAGAGGCGGCUGGCCGGCGGAUAUUCACGUUAUUGGCAAAGAUAUCCUUCGGUUCCACUGCGUAUAUUGGCCAGCAUUGCUCAUAGCGCUGGAUCUCCCCUUGCCAAAGAGAAUUCUUACGCAUGCACACUGGACGCUGAACAGGAAAAAGAUGUCCAAAUCGCUCGGCAACGUAGUCAACCCCACCUAUGCCAUCAGCCGAUGGGGUAUCGAUACGGUGCGCUUCUAUCUGCUGUUUGAGGGCGGUAUUGCAGACGACGCAAACUACGACAACACCACCCUCGCUGCGAAAUAUAAGAAACACCUGCAGUGGGGUUUUGGCAAUCUUCUUGGACGCGUCACAAGGACACGCAUCUGGAACCUACCAGAAAUAAUUGCCAACGCCGCCGAGCCUCAGAAGAUUGGUGUAUCGCUUGAGAAGGCUGUCGCUGACUUUGAGAACCAGCUGUUACAACUGAGGCCUAAUGUUACACAGCACAUGGAACAACUGAACCCGGUGGCUGCAAUUCGCUGCAUCAUUGAGCAAGGCGGCCAGAUAAACGACUUCCUUAGCAGCGCGCAGCCGUGGGCUCUAUUGAAGUCAACAGACCCGGAAAAUAAGGCGGCGGCCGACAAGGUAGUGUAUAUGGCGGCGGAGAGCCUGCGAGUCUGUGGCAUUCUCCUGCAGCCUUUCCUGCCCGAUAAGGCUACCCAACUCCUCGACACUUUAGGAGUUGCCCAGGACAAAAGGACCUACGCCUAUGCCGUCCCAAACUGUGACUUGAGCUACGGUACCCCCUUCAUAGAUCCCGGCCGAGACCGCAAUGAUGGCCUAUUUCCUCCCUUGGUAGAGGAUAAGGAUGUUGACUAUGCCGGCAAUUUGAAGGCGCAGAGACGGGCGGCGCAGAAACGGCCGGAGAAGAAGGCACCUUCAAUCUUGCAUACCGACAACUGACAUGAGAGACGGUGGCCUCAGCCUACCUAAGCAACGCGAUUUUGUGCUGAUUAUUUGUAAGACUAGACGGAUGGCUUGUCGUGCAUUUACCGGUCUCCAAGAUUAAGAUACCCCGUCAGCCACAGUGUACUAGUAGAAUAUACCUCUCUUUAAGGCAUGAAGCUGGGCCGGAUGGCAUGGGCAUUGCUGCUUUGCCAGGGGGCUGCACCAACCUUGAGCAGGCGGGACCCGGUCCGGAUACAACGCAAACCCCGAUAACAAUAGCAGCUGGAGACCUGUUUUUGCCCAUUGC